CUUCCCAGAGAUGCCGCAGACCCCCAGCCAGACCCCUCCCUCCUUCCAGGUCAUAGAUCUGCCUCUCUGCAGCUCCCCUCUCCAGCAGCAUGGCCUUCAACGGCAAGUUCGAGAUCGAGAGUGAGAAGAAUUACGAUGAGUUCAUGAAGCGCCUCGGGCUCCCCAGUGACGCGAUAGAAAAGGGCCGAAACUUCAAGAUCGUCACAGAGGUGCAGCAGAAUGGGCAGGACUUCAUCUGGUCCCAGCACUACCCCGGGGGCCACUCCAUGACCAACAAGUUCACCAUCGGCAAGGAGUGUGACAUGGUGACCAUGGGAGGCAAGAAGUUCAAGGCCACUGUGCAGAUGGAGGGCGAGAAGGUAGUCGUGGACUUCCCCAACUAUCACCAGACCUCAGAGAUUGUGGGAGGCAAGCUGGUGGAGAUCUCCACCAUCGGAGGCGUGACCUAUGAGCGUGUGAGCAAGAGGCUGGCCUGA